AUGGACGAUGCAGAACUUAUAAAAAAAGCCGCAAGAUUAUUAAAAGGAGAAACAUUAACAAAGGAACAAAAAAACUUGUAUACCUUGCAUGCGAAAAAAAAGCAUAGAUAUAAACGUUUAAAAAUUCAUGUAUAUGAAAAAAAUGAACAAUGGAGUAUUGAUUUAGCAGAUUUAAAUUCAUUGUCUGGGUAUAAUAAUCAAUAUCGUUAUUUGCUUGUGUGUAUUGAUGUGGGAACUCGUUUUGGUUUUGUGAAAUUACUAAAAACAAAAACGGCUAAAAAUGUUGCUGCUAAAUUUGAAGAACUUAUUCUUGAGAAUGGUGCACCUAAAAAAAUUCAAGCUGAUGAGGGAACAGAAUUUAAUAAUAUAAAAAAAAUUCUUGCUCCCAAAUAUAAGUUUACAUUAUUUCAUACGCAAAAUCGUGAUAUUAAAGCUGCUCAUGCAGAAAGAUUUAUUGAAACUCUCAAGAAUAUGAUUCAAAGUACGUUGACAAUGUUUUCAAGCCGUCGAUUUAUUAAAUAUCUUCCGCUUAUUCUUGAAAGAUAUAAUGAGGCCCCCCAUCGUGGUAUUCACAAUUUAAAACCUGUGGAUUUAUAUAAAAAUGGAAAAAUGCCAUCCUUUUUAAAGUAUAAAAAUAUUAAAAAUUACCUAUCAGGUUCACAACCUACUACAAGUCUAUUACGUAAAGGUCAAACUGUACGUAUUGCAAGACUUAAAAAUAAUAUUUUUGAAAAAUCAAGUUUAAGACGUUGGGGACGUGAAAUUUUUAUAAUUGAUAAAGUUUUUAUUACCGAUCCUGUGACGUAUAAAUUAAAGGAUAAACAAAACGAAGAAAUCACAGGUAUAUUUUAUCGUGAAGAACUACAACCAAUAUGA